GAAGCACCAGACCUCUCAUUGGGCUGCAAUUCCCAAACAAGCUCAGCUUUGUCAAGACCAGGAGCUUUCUGGAAUAUGCAUGGGGAUGAGAAACAAAUAGCACAGGGUGAGUGUUGCCUGUCACUGGGAAUUCAGCUGACAGCUCUGGCUUGUCUCCUCCUGUUUUUCAGAACAGGAACAUGGGGGACAGGAGACCAGCAAAGGAGACAGUGCCCAGGGAUGCUUCUUGCCAUCUGUUUAAAAGGAGUAUGAGGAAUGAAGCAAGAAGACUGGGGACUUUUCGGCAGUGGCCAUCAACCUCACCUGUAUCCGCUCAAGAUUUGGCCAAGGCUGGCUUUUUCUAUGUUGGUCCAAGAGAUGAAGUACGGUGUUUCUGCUGUAGUGGUAUCCUGAAGGACUGGGCACCUGGUGACUGCCCAAUGGCAGAACACCGGAAAUUCUUCCCUUCCUGUAAGUUCGUUUGUGGUGAGGCUGUUGGGAACCAAGAGAUGCUGCCUCUCCAGGAAACCAUUGACACUGUGGAUGGGCAGGUCGUCAGCCUUUUGCAGGGGAUGGACAGUGAGGAGGCAGCCCUGCCCCAUGAGCCAGAAUACCCAGCAAUGGUAACAGAGGAGGCAAGACUACUGACAUUUCAGAACUGCCCACAAUACUGUGCUGUAUAUUGUCGGGCGCUAGCUAGAGCAGGAUUCUUUUACACAGGACAAGAUGGUAUAGUGAGGUGCUUCUGCUGUAAUGGAGGUGUGAGGAACUGGCAGAUUGAAAGUGAUCCUUGGCAGGAGCAUGCCAGAUUGUUUCCAGGGUGUGAAUUCUUAUUGCAGUCAAGGGGGAGAGACUUUGUUAGCAGUGUUCAGGAGUCCCUUUCUAACACCCAAGUUCCAAAUAAACACAUGAUGACUGGGGCUUCCUACGUCUCCGGGUCUGAGCUGACUGCUGAUGUGCUUCAGGAAGUCAGGGUGAAGAGCAGCAGUGCAGAGAGCAGAGGUGCUGCUCAGGGAGAUGCUGAAGCAUCAAGUUCAAGAGAAGAAAUGCAGUCUGUGCAACAGAGAGAAUCAGAUGAGUUUCGGCUGAGCAUGGAAAAACAGCUCCAACGCCUGCAAGAGGAGAGGAUGUGCAAAGUGUGCCUGGACAAAGAUGCCUCAGUUGUGUUUGUUCCUUGUGGCCAUCUGGUAGCAUGUAGGGAAUGUGCCUUCAAUCUGAGGAAAUGUCCUAUCUGCAGAGCAGUCAUCCAGGACAGAGUGAGGACUUUCAUGUCCUGAACCAUGAUGUAUCAA